UCAAUUUGCAUAAAUGCCAUCCUGGCCUCUCCCUGCUACGCAACUUGUGUAAGUACUGGAAAAACUCGUGGCAUUCAUAGAGAGAACAGCUCUAGAUAAAAGCUUUGGUAGAGACCACCAAGCCUUGUGGAGCUUUUCUGCUGGGAGCAGCUGUGAUCUGAAGCGGGACAAUGGCUGCCAGCUGGACAAAAGGCAGGUACCUCUUUCAAGGCAACUAUACCUGCUUGACCAUGUAUGCUGCGCUCUCUCUUCUCCUCCUGGCAGCCUGCCUGCCCUCUGGAUGGGCGCAGACAGCCCUGGAUGACUACAUAAAGCAGGAUGACCCUCAUUACAACUACACUGUCACAAAGAAGGAAGACAGGCCUGGCGUCACCCUCUACACCCUCAACAUGACCUCCCUGAAGUGGCUGAAUGAGUCUGAAGUGGAUAGGCCAAUUUGGUGGCAUGAGCUGUUCAUUGCUGUGUCAAAGGAACAAAAACUGGAGGACUCAUGUUUGCUGAUCAUUGGGAAUGGAAGAAAUGAUGCAUCUAAUACUAUCAUAGAUUUUAGAGUUGGUGAUAUCAUCAAUCUAGCAAAAUCCACUGGGUCCUGUGCAGCGCUUUUGGGGCAGAUUCCCAACUACCCAAUCACCUACAAGAAAAUCCCCAUAAAAAGAUGUAAGAGGAGCUCUGAAAAUGCUGCAGUUGCUUGUUCGUGGUGGAAGUUCAUGAACGAUGAGAGUGAGCCGCCACACGUGCUGAUUCAGUUUCCAAUGGUCAAGGCAGCUGUGCGUGGCAUGGACACUGUAACAGAUUUAAUGCUGAAAGAAUCCGGUGGAAAGGUGAAAAUCAAAAAGUUCACAUUGACUGGUGUUUCCAAGCGCGGCUGGACCACCUGGGUCACAGCAGCUUUGAAGAAGAGAGUUGUGUCAUUUCUUCCAAUUGUCUAUGAUCAGUUGAAUUUCAUUCAGAACUGGCAUCAUCAAUACCGAGCAUACUGUGGCUGGUCAUGUACACGGAAUGAUUACUAUCACUUGAAUAUAACUCGGCAGUUGGACACCACACGGUUCCAGAAAUUAAAUUCACACAUUGAUCCAUUUGCAUAUAAUGAGCGAUACCAAAAUAAGACCUGGUGCUCAAUUGGUGCAACAGGAGAUGAAGUCAACCUGCCUGAUGACACUUACUAUUUCUUUGAUCAGCUAGCUGGAAAGAAAUACAUCCGAUUCCUCCCGAACACUAAUCACGCUGCGACAUUACUCCCAUGGAGUAAACCAUCUGUCCUAGAGACGUGCAGAGCCUUUUAUCUCAGCACCAUGCAGAAUUUGACCAUGCCUCAAAUUUCUUGGAAAAGGGUGGAGACAAAUGCCACAGGUAUUAUCUAUCUCUACACAGAUCAGGAGCCUUCAGAAACUAAAUGUUUCUUUGCUUGCACAUGGCUCACCAACAGGCGUGACUUCAGGGUAUUAAGGUGUUCCUUCCCUUUUUUGAGUCUUACGUUUUGGAAACCUUGCAAGGUUGAUAAAGUGGGAACAGGUGUUUAUAAAGCAGAAUUGUCAAAGCCAUUAUUGGGAUGGAAGGGUUUCUUUAUUGAGGUAACUUUCAAAGGACCUGAGAACGAUAAGCAUGUUUUCACCUCAGAGGUUCAAAUCAUCCCAGACACUUUUCCAUGUGCAGACUGCAAGGGAGAAGGAUGCUAUGGGAAGCUGGUGUGAAACCCUGCAGAGAAAAUGUAGCUCCUGUUGCUGAGGGGAGGCAUGAGGGAAGACAUAAGAGGCAUUGGAAAACCAUGCGGAGAAGCGAGUGGACAGAGAAGGAACCUCAUGCAGAGAAAGCAGACAGGUCCCACUUAAACUAAAAUGCAGUAGGUGCAGGGGUGUCACUCAGGAUCAGGAGACCUAAACAAGGACCAGAUGCUGUGGCAAUGGGGAAUGGGGAAUGUGUAGGGUGGAUGUGUGAAGAAUAUCAGACAUGAGAGGAAGGGGCUGGUUAUAUAGAAUGAUGAACAAGUAAAUAUGACACAGGAAAGUGUGCCUUUUUGAUUCCCAGUGCCCUGGAUCAUAAUAAAGAAUAUAGCUGUGUUUUAUAAGUCUUCAAUUAAACUCUUUACUAGUUUUUGAUCGUUUUAUGCAGACAGUACAGUGGUACCUCGGGUUACAUACACUUCAGGUUACAGACUCCGCUAACCCAAAAAUAGUGCUUCAGGUUAAGAACUUUGCUUCAGGAUGAGAACAGAAAUCGUGCUCCGGCGGCGCAGCGGCAGCAGGAGGCCCCAUUAGCUAAAGUGGUGCUUCAGGUUAAGAACAGUUUCAGGUUAAGAACAGACCUCCAGAACAAAUUAAGGACUAAACCCGAGGUACCACUGUACAAUUCCUUAUCUUACUUUCAAGACAGUUUAACCUCAUAAUGGGAUUAACAUUCUCUAAUCUAAGUAAUUAAUUACAUCUGUCAUGUAAAGUGAUUAAGUUCAAAUUCUGCACAAGGCACAGGCCAACUUAGUUGCUUUCUUGGCUAGCUAUUAUCUGUUACCUUUAGGUUCCUCUCUGCAAAAUGGGGUGUAAUAAUAAAACGAAUAUGCCAUUGUACCAUC